CGACGAGUCGAGCUCUGCAAUCCGAACGGCAACAAACCGCCAAUCUCUCUCUCGGUCAUCAGUGGUUGCCAUCAUCUUUUUCUACACCCUUCUAAUUCCUGGCGCGGUCGUGAUCAGCUCGCCCAGUCCCAACGCACGACGACCAUUCGGCUCCCCGUCAUUUACUAAUUGCAUCUGACGGUAAUUGGAAUUCGAAUUUGCUACCGCUGAUUUCACCACCCUCCUUGUAUUCUUCUUCUCGUAAUCAAACCUUUGCAUCAUGUCGAACCCACUCCCAUCGAUGCCUCCUGGCCAACCGGUCGCCGCUGUCGAGCCAUCGCCUGGGCUCCUCGACCGCAUAUCGACCUGGGUGUCGGAAAACAAAGCUGUAGUCUACACAAUUGCAGGUGUCGCAGUUGUCGUCACAGGUGCAGGCGCAGUCUACUACCUCAGCUCGGACUCGAAAGCCAAGUCAGACUCGGAACCCAAACUCAGCAAGAAGGAGCGCCGCAAGCGAAAAGAAGCCGACCGCAAAGCCACCGAGCCCACGGAGUCCACACCUGCCCCCAAGCAGCCCGAGGUUGCUUCCGUGGCCAGUGACUCGGAGCUUCCGGACGUGGAUGAGGAUUCGGUCACAAAGCUGACCCAGCAGCAGCGCGAGGAGUAUGCAGCGAAACUCAAGGCUGCUGGCAACAAGGCCUAUGGUGACAAGGCCUACAACAAAGCCAUUGACCUAUACACCAAGGCGAUCCUCUGCAAGCCUGACCCCGUCUUCUACUCGAACCGCGCCGCUUGCUACAGCGCCUUGAGCCAGUGGGACAAUGUGGUUGAGGAUACGACCGCUGCGAUCAGCAUGGACCCUGAGUAUGUCAAGGCCAUCAACCGACGCGCUGCCGCCUACGAGAACCAGAAGAAGUACUCCGAGGCUCUCCUCGACUUCACUGCCUCGUGCAUCAUCGACAACUUUAAGAGCGACUCGACUGCGCAGGCCGUGGAAAGGCUCCUCAAGACCUUUGCGGAGGAGAAGGCCAAGGAGAUGAUUGCUGCUCGUCCCGCCAAGAUGCCCAGCCCCAUCUUUGUCGGCAACUACCUCCAGAGCUUCCGUCAGAAGCCUCGCCCAGCGGGUCUCGAGGACUCGGUCGAGCUGUCUGCCGACACCGGAAAGGGCCAGCUGCAGCGUGGUCUCCAGGGCCUCGAGAAGAAGACCGGAGACGGAUACGAGGAGGCUCGCGUUGCCUUCGAGAAAGCCAUUGAGCUCGGCGACUUGGGCGAAAACGAGGCCCUUGCCUACAACUGCCGUGGCACGAUCCGCACGCUGCUUGGAAAGCACGCAGAGGCUACCAAGGAUUUCGACAAGAGCAUCGAGCUGGAUCCCAAGUUUACGCAGAACUACAUCAAACGUGCUAGCAUCAGUCUGGAGCUUGGUGAUCCGGCGGCCGCCGACGCCGAGUUUGAGCGUGCCCUGGAGCAGGACAACAACGACCCUGACGUAUACUAUCACCGUGCCCAGGCACACUUCAUCAAGGGCAACCUCGCCGAAGCGCAGAAGGACUACCAAAAGUCCAUUGAUCUCGACAAGGACUUCAUCUUCUCGCACAUUCAGCUCGGUGUGACGCAGUACAAGAUGGGCUCCAUUGCCUCUUCCAUGGCCACCUUCCGCCGCUGCAUCAAGAACUUCCCCAAGGUUCCUGAUGUCUACAACUACUAUGGUGAGCUGCUCCUCGACCAAAGCAACUUCCAGGAGGCCAUUGAGAAGUUCGACACGGCGAUGGAGAUGGAGAAGCAGACCAAGCCCAUGGCCAUGAACGUUCUGCCUCUUAUCAACAAGGCACUUGCCCUCUUCCAGUGGAAGCAGGACUUCAAGGAGGCCGAGACGCUGUGCCAGAAGGCUUUGAUCAUCGACCCCGAGUGCGAUAUCGCUGUCGCCACCAUGGCUCAGCUUCUACUCCAGCAGAACAACGUGCCCGGCGCGCUCAAGUACUUUGAGCGUGCUGCCGAGCUGGCCCGCACCGAGGGCGAGAUUGUGAACGCUCUCUCGUACGCGGAAGCUACCCGCACACAGGUGCAGGUCACCGAGAAGUAUCCCAAGCUUGCUGCCAAGCUCGCAGCCGGACCCGGUGGCCCCGCUGGCCUGCGCAUGCCUCCUCAAUAAGAAAAUGAGAGCAAAUGCCGGCGCGUCAGUGGCUUACCUACGACGAGAGCGGAUAGAGGCACAAUUUCAGUGGGUGCGUGCGUGUAACUGUAGUAAGGGACGAGGACAUGCGGGUGGCCGCAUACAUCGGUGUCUUCUGUCAUGAUUCCGGAGUCGUGGCAGCUGUUAUUUGUUUCCCAUUUCUUGUUGUACAUGUAUAUAUACUAACACCUCUCUCACAUGUCUGAACAGCGCGAGGGGCGGUGGGGGGAGGAUGGCAGCGGUGCGUGCCUCUUUGGCUUAUGUACAGCCCGAUUAUUCAUAAGCAUGAGGGUAAAAAUGUCGUAUUAAUGUCAGGUU